CAGAGCUGCUUUCGCUGAGCCGAUUCCUCCGCUUCAGGGUUUGUUUAAACUGGGUUGGUGGUAAACUGAGUUCCUCUGACUACAGCUUCCGGUCUUGUCAUUUUAUCUACGUAUUGAUCAAACCGCAUUCCUAAUGGCUACGCGACUUAGACCGAGUAACAAGCGCUGUACAGUCAUUGGAGGCUCUGGUUUCCUGGGAAGACACCUGGUGGAGAAGCUGCUGGAGAGGGGCUACUCGGUGUCUGUGUUUGACAUUCGUCAAAGCUAUGAGCUGCCUGGAGUCACCUUUUACCAGGGAGAUCUUUGUGACAAACGGACUCUGUUGCCAGCCCUGCAGGACGUGUCCCUGGUCUUCCACUGUGCCUCCCCAGCGCCUGGCAGUGAUAACCGUGAACUGUUUGAGAGAGUCAACAUCCUGGGCACACGCACUGUUAUUGAAGCCUGUGUCGAGGCUGGAGUACAGAAAUUGGUUCUAACAAGCAGCGCCAGUGUAGUCUUUGAAGGGACGGACAUCAAAAAUGGAAGAGAGGACCUGCCGUAUGCUAAGAAGCCAAUUGACUACUACACACAGACCAAAAUUGAACAGGAAAAGUUGGUCCUCGCAGCCUGUGACACGGAGAAGAACUUUCUCACAGUUGCCAUCCGGCCUCAUGGCAUCUUUGGCCCCCGAGACCCACAGUUGGUUCCCAUCCUGGUGGACACAGCUCGCAGGGGCAAGAUGAAGUUCAUCAUCGGUGAUGGGACAAACUUGGUGGAUUUUACUUUUGUUGAGAACGUCGUUCAUGGACACAUCUUAGCUGCUGAACACCUGAGGCCCAGCUCACCCAUAUGUGGAAAGCCCUAUCACAUCACUAAUGACGAGCCAGUGAGAUUCUGGGACUUCAUGUCCGAGGUGCUGAUGGGUCUGGGAUAUGCUGCUCCACGUUACCACCUCCCAUACACCCUCGUGUAUGGUCUGGCUCUCCUCCUCUGGCUACUGGCUCUCGUGCUCCGUCCACUGGUGUCAUUCAAACCCACAUUUACCCCAAUGAGAGUGGCACUGGCUGGAACUCACCACUACUAUAGCUGCGAACGUGCCAAGCAGGACAUGGGCUACAAACCUGUCAUCGGUCUAAAGGAGGGCAUCACCCUGACUGUGCAGAGCUACCCUCAUCUCAGAAGAGGGGCUUGAUGAAGACGAGAGAAGCUGAGGAAUGAAGAUGAAGACGGCAGAAACUUGUAAUGCUGAACUGUGCCAGCAGGGAGUUGGGUGAUAAGGGUGACAAAAAUCGGAGGAAGAAAGUUGCUCUUUCUCCAAACUUCACCAAUAUUUGCAACGACUGAACGGUUUUGACCAGCAGAUGGCAGCAGAGAUCCGUCCCAAUUUUGGUUGAAGAGCUGUACUUUAAUAAACUACCCUGCUGCAGAAAGGUCACACCUGGGUUUAUCAAAGCAAAUAUUUAAUAAUCUUCCAGUUGAUAAUUACUCAUAAUUACUCCAGUGAUGAAUAUACUCAGCUUCACAACCGGUUUGUACCUGUACUGAGGCAGAGCGUGGCCUCGUAUUUCUUGUACCGUCAUCAAAAAGGCCAGAUUUAUUGACCUUGUUUAUUAAAAUUACUGAAAUUGGAUUAAAAUGUGUAAAACUUU